ACCUAUUCUCUUCUUUCUAUAUAAUCUCAACUCAACCCCUCUCUUACAUUCAUCAGCUGAGCUCUUUCAGUCUUUCUCUCUCUCUCUCUCUCUCUUUUUCAAAACGAGAAGCCUUCUGCCUAGGUUUUCUCAUCAUUUUACAGUUAAUAACUCAACUGCUUCAUCGAUACCAUGGUUGAGAAAGACGAUCUGGGUUUGAGUCUUAGCUUGAGCUUUCCUCAGAAUCAUAAUUCCCUACACCCUAAUCUUAUGCCUUCACUGGUUCCAUCGUCUGCGUCUUCGUCUUCUCCUUCUUCUGUCUUCAAUCUUCACAAACACUUCCCUUCUUCAGAUCCAACCUCAAAUAUUCAUAAGCCAGCUACCAAACCAAGUAUUCUGUGUAUCUUAUUGGGGUUUUCACAUGCAGAUCCAAAUUCCGAGUCCUGCCGUGUUGAGACCCGGUCUUUUCUUAGAGGAAUCGACGUGAACCGGUUGCCAUCUCAAGCGGAUAACGAAGACGAAGCUGGUGUCUCCUCGCCUAACAGUACGAUAUCGACUGUGAGUGGCAAGAGAAGCGAGAGAGAACCGAAUGGAGAAGAGCUUGAGAUUGAGAGGUCUUGUUCUCGUGGUAUCAGUGACGAAGAAGAUGGUGAUACUUCAAGAAAGAAGCUCAGGUUGUCUAAAGAUCAGUCAGCCAUUCUUGAAGAGAGCUUCAAAGAACACAACACUCUCAACCCCAAGCAAAAGACGGCCUUGGCUAAGCAGCUAGGCCUCAGACCUAGGCAAGUGGAAGUGUGGUUCCAGAACCGAAGGGCAAGGACCAAGCUGAAGCAAACAGAGGUUGACUGUGAGUUUUUAAAGAGAUGCUGUGAAAAUCUAACGGACGAGAACAGGAGGUUGCAGAAGGAAGUUCAAGAGCUGAGAGCACUGAAACUUUCCCCGCAAUUCUACAUGCAAAUGACCCCACCCACAACACUCACCAUGUGUCCAUCAUGUGAGCGUGUAGCAGUUCCACCUUCUGCCCCAUCCUCUGCCGUUGAUCACCGGUCCCAUCAAAUGGCUCAAACCCAUCACAGGCCAAUUCCCAUCCACCCGUGGGCCCGGACAGCUCCGAUGCCUCAUGGACUGUUCGAUGCUCUUCGUCCUAGAUCGUAAUUAGAGGGUUACAUGGAAGGGUACAAGUGGAAAAGCAAUUGUAAUAGCGUAGUAGUAGCGUGGAAUGUUCAAAGUCGUAGGCCUAAGAUAUGGUUAGUAGGGUAUGAUUUGGUGGGUCUCUCUAGAAUUAUGUUUUAACUUAAUUCUAGUGCCAAUUAGUAAUUAAUUUGGUGCUUAUAUCAAAGGGAGAAGCGAAACUCGGGGUGUAAAGUUGAAUAUCUCAUUAUUGAUUUGACCAAUUUAAGUAAUUAAUCUCAUUGUCUUCUAAUUUACCAA